AUAAAGAGAGAAUUGAGUACAGUUUUAAAACAAAACUGGUGGUUCAAGAACUGCUUUUGAGUACAGACGGCUCUCGAGUAAAGAAAUCCUGAGUAAAGUUGUCAUACUGCCGGAUUGACAAUUCAUUUGUUUAUAACAAAAUUUAAAAAAUUAAUUUUGAGGUGCCAAGUUAAGGGAGCUGGCUUAUUGUACCUCUUUCAUAUUUUUCUAAUGAAAAAUAAAACAAAAAAAAACAGACGACAUCUAAACUCAGUGACAACUAUAUUCAAUGACAACUGUACUCCAUCAUAGUACUUAAUAGAAAAUUUUCAUAAUUUAUUUAUUAGGAAAAUUAUAAAAUGGUUGAGCAAAAUAAUAAAUUACGGAUUUUAGCAAUUCAUGGCUAUCGACAAUCGGGCGUUAUUUUUAAAAGCAAAUUAGGGUCACUUAAACAAAGCUUUAAACAAAAAAUAGAUUUUGUAUUUGCUGAAGCGCCACACCAAGUUCCACCACUCUCAACUGAUAGUAAUGAAGAAGAGACCACCAGAGAUACAAGAGGUUGGUGGUUUAAUACAGCAGAUCAUACAUUUAUAGCAACUGAACCAAGUAAUUUGUCUGUUGGUUUUAACGAUAGUGUUAAAGUUAUUGAGAAUAUAUUCAAAGAUCAAGGUCCAUUUGAUGGAAUACUUGGAUUUUCACAGGGCGCAUCAUUUGUAUCUAUUUUGUGUUCCAUGCAACAAAAAAAACUUGCGGAUCCAUUAAUAAAAUUUAAUUUUGCAAUUAUGAUAUCAGGAUUUAAGUCUUUGUGCGAACCACAUGCUGUGUUUUAUGAUGAAAACUUUAAUUUGCCAACGUUACAUAUUUGUGGUGAAACAGAUAGAAUCAUACCUACAGAAAUGGCUAAAUCUUUAUCAGAUUUAUUCACAAAUAAAAAAGUUGUCAUCCAUAAAGGAGGUCAUUUUGUAGCAGGAAAAAAAUAUAUAUAUAAUGAUUUUUUCGAUGAAAUGUAUGCAACAAAAAAUAAUUCCAAAGUAUAAUAAAUACAGUUUACAUUUGA